AUGUUUGUCAUCGUACUCGUUUUCAACUCUGGAGAAGAAGAACCGGAAGCUGAAGCUGAAGAGGAGAACUACGCUGAGAUCCCAGUAGCCAAUGAUCGUGCAGCAGGAGGAGGCUACCAAGAUGGUCCUGCUCCAGGAGGAGGAGGAAAUGGUGGACCUGGAAGUUUGACUCCUGGACAAGCAACAAGAGGAACACUCCAUUACGCUGGAAACAAGCAACACUAUUACCUUUUUUGCAACGCAACAAGGAGGUUGGACGAGGAGACUCUUUUUGAUUGCACCUCCGAUACCUUUUACCAAUUCAUGAAGAACCUUGGUGAAAGAGCCGAUGAAUUUGGAUGGUCAACUUGUGGAGGCAUCCUACAUGUUCCAAAAGCUGAUGGAACCAUGGUCAACCUUUUGACUGAAUAUGGAUCUAUCACUCUUGAAGAGAUUGAAAUUCAUGAAUGCAGCUACUGGAACAAUGGAUACAGGAAGUCCCAAGACGACCGAAUGCUCUACAAAUGCAUCAUGAAGUCACUGUCUACUCUUGGAAAAGCAAAAGUCAACAUUCACAGUUCUGACUACAAGCUUAUGGCUGGACGAUAUUCUGCUUACUUAAGGUGGUGA